AUGGAGCCACUGAACAUAGACAGGUACCACGAUGAGGACUACGAAGACGACGAUAGUGAUGACAGCACCAUGGGAAUGCUCCAACCGCCAUCGACCCCACUCACCCACAACGAUCUUGGCAGCAGCAGCAGCAGCAGCAGCAUCCAUAUCCUUAUCAGAAGCGAAGAAUUCCAUAAGGUUAUCGUAGGGGCCGUGGUUCUUCUACUGGUCAUUGUUUUUGCUUUGGUGCUAGCUUUGACGUCUACCCACAACACACCCAAAACAAGGACCUCUGUGGAGCUUUUUGGUGCAAACUAUACUGUGGAAACAACUUUUGUGUUUGUGCAUAGCUAUGGAUUGGCUGGAAGCAUCCCAGAGGCAAUAGGCAACCUCACAGAGCUUAGAAGUUUGUCAAUCAACAACCAGCUGUCUGGCAGCAUCCCCAGUGAAAUUGGACUACUCACUGCUCUGACUUUUUUGGACUUGUCAGACAACUUACUUUCAGGACCAAUCAUAUCCGAGAUAGGGCUGUUGACACAACUGCAAAUCUUGAAUUUCAAUGGCAAUCAAUUGUCAUCGAGUAUUCCCAAAGCAAUAAGCAGCCUCACAGAGCUGAGAAGACUGAGGUUGUAUGACAACCAGAUUACUGGCAGCCUGCCUUCUGAAAUAGGCUUACUGACUCAACUGGGAGAGUUGGAAUUGUAUGACAACCACUUGACAAACAUGGUCCCUACAGAACUUGGAUUACUCACUUCCUUGUAUUGGUUGUACUUGAACAACAACCAGUUGUCGGGCAGUAUCCCUCACAUCAUGUGCUCCAACCCUCGUUUGCAUGAAAUCCGAGUGGAUUGUCCUCCAGAUCCCUCUCCUGUGGAGUGCUCUUGUCGCCCAUGGCAGUGCCAAUGCGGGCCAGAGUAG